AGUAAACCUGUGAGUGAGAAUGUGGUGAGAAAUUCGUGUUGAUACCGAGUUGUUACAGUCAAACAAAAAUCCGAAAUCGUUUUUAAAGUUUACUAUAUCAAAUAAAAAUCUAUUAUCAAUAGCUGAUAUGCUAAGCUGUGAACCCCUACAAGUGUUUUGGACGAGCUGUGUUUGCGAUGCCGAGCGCAAAAUACGAACAGCUGUCGGUAAAAACUGAUGCUGAAGAUGAUGUGUUUACAAGCAAACCGAAAAGAAAAUGGUCAGAUAUUUGCUUUCAGAAGAGUCUGCUAUCCUUAGGCUUAAUACUUCUGUACUUCUCUUUGUCCAUCGGCCUUACAUUCUAUCAGAGAUGGCUCCUAAAGGACUUUCACUAUCCACUCACUGUUGUAAUGUACCAUUUGAUAGUGAAAUGGAUCCUAGCAGUGAUUGUGAGGUUGGUCCUGUACUGUAUCACAGGUACUUCACAACUUCUGCUACCUUUCCUAACAUGCCUGAAGUCAGUGGGGCCUACGGGGCUUGCCAGUGGCAUUGACGUUGGAUUUUCUAAUUGGGGACUGGAACUUGUGACUAUAUCAUUGUAUACUAUGACAAAAUCUACAACCAUCAUAUUUAUACUUGGGUUUGCUAUCCUUCUUGGACUUGAGAAAAAGUCGUGGUCACUCGUGGGCAUAGUGCUGACUAUAGCGACAGGGUUGAUUAUGUUCACAUACAAGGCCACCCAGUUCAACGUUAUGGGGUUCAACUUCCUCAUACUGGCGUCCUUCGCUGCUGGUCUUCGGUGGACGUUUGCUCAGCUCUUGAUGCAGAAGUCCAAGCUCGGGCUGCACAAUCCGGUGGACAUGGUGUUCCAUGUCCAACCCUGGAUGUUCUUAUCCUUAUUGCCAUUUACAAUAAUGUUUGAAGGUUAUUCAUGCUUUGAUAACCUUCUCGCGCUGCCGCCUGAUCAGUGGUCACCGACCAUUUUGAAAGUGACCGUGGGCGCUACGAUUGCGUUCGCAAUGGAAAUCAGCGAGUUUCUAGUCGUUACAUACACAUCGAGUCUUACAUUAUCAAUAGCGGGUAUAUUUAAGGAAAUGUGUAUUUUAGUGCUGGCAGUAGAAGUGAGCGGGGAUCAACUGAGUCUGAUCAACGUUUUAGGGUUAAGCCUCUGUCUCAUGGGCAUCAUCGGCCACAUAAUACACAAAGUGCUGAUCAUAAAAUCCGUGGUUGGCACCGUUCAUGCUAUAGACACGGAAGACUUCGAGAAUAUCAACAGAAAGAGAACUCCGAAGUCCAACGGUGAAUACCACGAGCCACUGCUAGAAGAUGAAAAGUGGCAGAACGCUAGCGAGGAUAGUGACUUCGAUUCUAACGUUGUUCUAUUCCAAGUUCUCCAAAGGAGAGAUGGUAGCUAGAACUUGAAAUAUUAACUUGCUAAUAAAAAGGGAUAAUUAUUAAUGCUAUACUAUA